CCUUGCCUCUACUUGGAUUGGAUCUGUUCACCUCCCCUGCUUCCUCGCCCUUCACGGACAUGGCUGCCUCCACCGUCUCCUCCUGCGUUCCACCUUCUCUUCCCGAGUCCGCCGCCGCCUCAGGCUUGGUUCUCCUCGACAGGUGGUGCUACAUCGCCGACCUCCCCAACAACACCACCGCCGCGAGCACCACGAGCAGCGGCUUGCCUAUCAAGGUGACCUUCCGCGCCGCCCGCCCGCCACUUCUCUCCCACUUUUGUGUCCACUGCCCUGGCCUGGACUUCCGCAAAAUAGGGCCCAAGAUUGUCGCCACCGACGCAGAUCUCGUCCUCCUCCGCGUUCCCAUCGACCCCAACAGCAUCAACAGAGGAUUGGACUGGGACUACUUCGUCUACAGGCCGCGCGCCCAGUGGCUAAAUCUGCUACCGAACCCGCACCCCAGGGUGCUCGACGACUCCGCAACUGCCCUCAUUAGCCGCGAAGACGGCGCUUGGUAUGUCGUUGCUGCUCUCGGUGUUAGGCUCCCCCUGUACGAUGGCCGCGCGCUCAUUAGGUGGGACUUCGACCUCCACCUGUACAGAUCCUCAGAUUCCAAAGGGUGGAUCUCCAAGCGGUUGUCAGUGAAUGAGUUCGAGAGGGACAAGCUUAUCCCUUUACCUCGAGCAGUCGACAGGCUGUACCACGAGACGGAGAAGACCAUCACAAUUGGUGGUGAGCAUGGCACGGUCGCCUGGGUGGACCUCUGGCGUGGCAUCUUCUUUUGCGACGUGCUCAAGGAAUGCCCACUGCUCCAGGAUGUCCCACUGCCAGUGCCGGCAAGGAGUGCCGGCAAGGGGUGACUGGGAUCGCCUCCU